AUGGGUGGUAAGGUUGAUUCGACGGUUAAUAGAGGCAAUGUUCCUUUUUGCUUUAGAAUUAGUGGAGAAAAUUACCAUUCAAUUGGAAGUCUUAUGCCCAACAACGGAGCGCAACCAAAAUUUUGCCACCUAUACAUAUAUGAUACCGAGAACGAACUUACAAACAGGCAAGCGAUAUUUAGUCGUUCAGAGGAUUCAUCGUCUUCUUAUUCUGCUACUCUUGAUCGUAAGUUAAUAGAACAUAUAAAAGAUGUUUUAGAUAACGACAAUGAGUUGGUCAAAACUUACAGAAGAGCUAGGGAUUCUCUUCAAGACAGCCCUCCUGUAAAUUUGAAGCUUCGCCUAAUCGGAACAAGAGAAAAAGAUGGUCGGAGGUAUAACUUACCAACGGCGGGUGAGAUUGCCGCUCUCAUUGUUGGAGAUAUAGAAAAUGUAAUUGACAAUAGAGAUAUUGUUGUUGAGACUCAAACUGGUACACUUAAGAGAAUUAGUGAGUUGCACCCGUCAUAUCUCGCACUACAGUAUCCGAUUUUGUUUCCGUACGGAGAUGAUGGCUAUAGAAUUGAUAUCCCUCACAGAGGUGUCAUUGAUGUUGUUAAUAAGAAACGUCCAAAUUGUACUAUGAGAGAGUUCUUUGCUUAUCGUAUGCAGGAUCGGAUAAAUCAGUUUUCGUUAAUCUUGAAUUCUAGGAGGUUAUUCCAGCAGUUCUUGGUUGAUGCUUAUACUAUGAUAGAGAGUGAGAGACUUAGCUAUAUACGAUAUCAACAGAAAGAUCUUAGGUCUGACACAUAUGAAAGCCUCCGUAAAUUAAAAACACAUGGUCAAGAUGAUAUAUCUAAGGCUGGAAAACGUAUCUUCUUGCCAUCUUCCUUUACUGGUGGAGCACGAUAUAUGAUGCAAAACUAUUUAGACGCUAUGGCUCUGUGUAAAUGCUUUGGUUAUCCGGAUUUUUUUAUAACCAUAACAUGCAAUCCCAAAUGGCCAGAAGUUCAACGCUUUCUCAAAGACACCAAUCUCAGUCCGGAAGAUAGGCCUGAUAUCCUUUCCAGAUUGUUCAAAAUUAAGCUUGAUUCAAUUUGCAAAGAUUUAAAAAAGAAUCAUCUAUUUGGCAAAGCUUCAGCAGUUGUUUACACAAUCGAGUUUCAAAAACGUGGUUUACCUCAUGCCCAUUUAUGCUUAUUCAUGGAGCCUGAAUCGAAAUUACCUACGGUGGACCAUGUUGAUGGAUUUAUAUGCGCAGAAAUACCUGACAGAAAUCAAGAUCCAGAAUUAUUCAUGCUUGUGAAAGAAUAUAUGAUACACGGUCCAUGUGGUAAUGCUAGGUUGAGUUCUCCAUGUAUGGUUGAUAGGAAGUGUUCAAAAGGCUUUCCCAAAGACUUUCAAGAUCAUACUACACUAGAUUCAAACGGGUUUCCUUUAUACAGAAGGAGAAACAAUGGCGCUUUUGUUGUGAAAAAUAAAAUUGACCUUGAUAACAGAAGUGUGGUACCGUACAACAAAAAAUUAUUGAAAAGGUAUCAAGCUCAUAUAAAUGUUGAAUGGUGCAAUCAGGCCGCUUCGAUAAAGUAUCUGUUUAAAUACAUUAAUAAAGGACCUGACCGAGCGACUAUAGCCGUUGUUCAAAGCGAUAAUUAA